GGAGAGGCUGACGAUCCAGCUGGAUGCCAGCGGCUCCCAGCCAGAGGAGGAGAGCAGCAACGAGCUGGAGAACGCCCUGAUCCGGCUGGAAGAGGAGCAGCAGAGGAGCAGCAGCCUGGUGCAGGUGAACUCCAUGCUGAGGGAGCAGCUGGAACAGGCCAACGCGGCCAACGCGGCGCUGAGCGAGGACAUCCGGAAGCUGACGGCGGACUGGGCGCGGACACGGGAUGAGCUGGAGCAGAGGGAGGCCGAGUGGAGGCGCGAGGAGGAGUCCUUCAACACCUACUUCAGCACGGAGCACAGCCGGCUCCUGACCCUCUGGAGGCAGGUGGUGGCUUUCCGGCGGCACUUCGGGGACAUGAAAUCCAGCACCGAGAGGGACCUGUCGGAGCUGGGGCACGAGGUGUCCCGGGCGAGCCGCGCCGCCCACGCCGCCUGCCUGAACCUGGGGGCCAACCUGCGGCUGGCCGAGAGCCAGGCGGGAGCGGCGCGGGAGCGGCAGGAGCUGCGGGACCUGGAGCGGGCGGAGGCGGCGCUGGCGGUGGAGCAGCAGCGGGCGGGGGCCCUGGAGCAGGAGAGGGCGCAGCUCCAGCGCCGGAACGAGGGGCUCGAGGAUUCCCGGGAUGAGGCCGCCCGGGACGCCCAGAGCGCCCGGGAGCAGCUGGAGCACAGCCAGCGGCAGCUGGAGGAGCUGGAGGAGCAGCGGGCGGGGACGCGGCGGGAGCUGCUGGAGGCGCGGGAGGAGCUGAGCCGGGCGGAGCUGCAGGCGGAGCUGGCACGGGGAGAGCGGGACGCGCUGGCUGAGGCGCUGGGAAAGGCUCAGGGCAGCUGCGGGGAGCUGGCCCUGGCACAGCGGGCGGCGGAAUCCGAGGAAUGCCGGCUGCGGGACGCGCUGGCCAAGACGUCGGACCUGGCGUCGGGGCUGGCGCGGGAGAAGGCGGAGCUGUGCCGGCGGCUGGAGCGGCUGGAGCGGGAGCGGGAGCGGGGGCGGCUGCGGACGCGGGAGCUGCUGCGGGAGCUGGCCCAGCUCCGGGCACGCCUGGAGCGCGGGCGCCGCGCCGGGAUCCUGGAACGCCAGGGCCUGGAGCGGGCACGGAGCGCGGCGCUGGAGGGAUCCCGGGGCGUGCGGGCAGAGCUGCGGGCGCUGCGCCAGGAGCACCUCCGGCUGCGCCAGCACCUGGCACAGGCUCUGCAGGCUCAGGGCACGGCGGGCGAGGCUCUGGCACGGGCACGGGUGGAGCAGGAGCAGCUGCGGGCGCAGCAGGAGCGGCUGAGCCGCACCCACGCCGAGCUGGCCCAGGACAGCGCCGGGCUGGCCGUGCAGCUCGCCAUCGCCCACCAGCACGGCCACCACCGCGACAGGGAGGCCCAGGGGCUCAGGUCGGAGAAGGAGGGGCUGGAGAGCAGCGUGUUCCAGCUGCAGGCACAGCUGGCCCAGCUCCAGACCCGUAACCAGCAGCUGGAGAGCGAGGCUCGGACACUGCUCCAGGCCAAGGAGGCGCUGGAGGCCGAGCUGGGGGUGUCCCGGCAGGAGCGGGCGCAGGAGCUGCGGUGCCGGCGCCGGGCGGUGGCGGCGGCGGAGGCGGCGGCGGUGACGGUGGCUCUGCGGAGCGUCCGCGACUCCCACCGCGAGCAGCUGGAGCAGCUGCAGCGCCAGAAGGUGGGACCCGGGAGGGGGGGGGGCAAAGUGGGAUUUAGGGGCGCGCUGCUGAUUCCUGGGGCGCGCUGGGGGGGGCUGUGUGGGGUGUGA